AUGCUGGGAAGCACACUCAAGAUCCUCGCCGGAAGCAGCCACCCUGAGCUUGCCCAGCUCAUCUCCCAAAAAAUCACCCGGCCCAUCGGCGCCCUGCACACACGCCGCUUCGCCAAUGGCGAGACCCUGGUGACGGUGGUAGACUCGGUGCGCGACCAGGAUGUCUUCAUCCUGCAGACCGCCGCCGACCCGGUCAACGACCUGCUGAUGGAGCUGCUCAUCACCGUCAACGCCUGCAAGAUCGCGUCGGCGCGCCAGAUCACCGUGGUGCUCCCCUGUUUUCCGUAUGCCCGCCAGGACAAGAAGGACCGCAGCAGGGCGCCCAUCACGGCGAAGCUGGUCGCCAAUAUGCUCCAGACCGCCGGGUGUAAUCAUGUCAUUACGAUGGACCUGCACGCCUCGCAGAUUCAAGGAUUCUUCGACAUUCCUGUGGACAAUGUGAGAUGCCUCUACUCUGAAACCGUCAUGCGGGACUAUAUCCAGCAGCACUACGACAUCAGCAACGUGGUGAUCGUGUCACCCGACGCCGGCGGUGCCAAAAGAGCAGCCUACAUCGCCGACAAACUCAAAGUCGACUUCGCCCUGAUCCACAAAGAACGACAGGUCGCCAACGAAGUCUCCCGCAUGAUCCUGGUGGGCACCGUGACGGGCAAGACGGCCAUCAUCGUCGACGACAUCGCCGACACGUGCGGCACGAUCGCGCUGGCGGCACGGAUCCUGGCCGAGCACGGCGCCGAGAAGUGCGUCGCGCUGGUCGUGCACGCGUUUCUGAGCGGGCGCGCCGUCGACGUCGUCGAGAGCACCCCGGCCCUCGAUGAGAUGGUCGUCGCCAACACCGUUCCCCUGUCGCCGCGCGCCAGGGACUGCGCCAAGAUCCGCACCAUGGACGUCUCAGCCCUGCUGGGCGAGGCCAUCAGACGGACGCACUAUGGCGAAUCGAUAUCGCAGCUCUUUUUGUAG